CUCCUCCACAACUGUUUUGUGACUAGCGCUAUUUUCACAGUCAUGCACCCUUGACAUUCACCCUAACUCCGCAUCUGCGUUGCACAGCGUGCAUGGUUCAAUGGCAGCUGUGCUCCAUCGACACGUCAUGAUUUGACAGACUCUUCUUAUACUGACCAUAAAAAUGUGGUGCACAUUAUUUAUGAUAUACUGCCGCUCAUGUGUUUGGGUAUCCUUGCCGGCUUGCUCACUUUAUCAUUGGUCAUCUGACCCCUCAACAUCGUCGAUAACUCCUGUAGUGUGCUGGAGACCAGUGCAUGCCAGGGCCUUGACAGACAUUGAGUUAGCAAAAGCCCGCGCAAAUGAGGUCACCACGGCCGCUGUGCAAACAGUUCACACUCCCAGCACCAGUGGAUCCAGUUUCAACGAUCACAACUCCACCUACUCCACGUGAUAUUUCCACAUUGGUUGAUUGUGUUUUGCAACGCGCAUGCUUCUUGCACCUGCAUUUUUGCACUGCACAGACGCUCAAGCCAGCGCUCUACAUCUACCUGAUAUUUACGGGCGUCUAGUUCGCUCGCUGCUGCCGUACAACUAUAUGCCCAAUCUUGACACAAGAGGUACGCCGUUUUUGCGACUUGCCAAGCCAACGUCACUUUGGCUGCGAGUCAAUUGAAAGCGCACUGCCUGGCCUUCGCGGCAACGAGACCUCCAAGCUCCUUAAGCGGGAAACAUCCUUUACAAUAUGGUGGUUUUUAGGGCUGCGGAACGUUCAUUUUCUGGCUUCGGUGGUAAUAUUAUACCCAUUUUGAUAUGCGUGAGUUACCCCUACUUGAAAGCAUUGCCGCAUUUUUCGCGCAUUGAAUUUCCCAGACAAAGUGGGAGUAGCAUAUGCCCACGUUUGUGUACAACUGAGUCUGGGGCUAGACUGUAUUGCACGGCAUCUGGGGCGGCCGCUGCAAAGCGCGUGUCUCUGCUAGCGUAACUUCAAGUUCAAGUAGAUCUAUUCGUGAGGUACUAUAUACACUGACUCUGAGUAACGUAUGCAGCUUUGUUCCACGUGAAGGUGGGAGUGUUGAUGAGGCGGCG